AUGGCUCGUAGUUCAAAACGCACCCUUGAGGAGGUCGUGAACAAGUCCGACUCCGAUGACGAGGACUACAACGAUCGCGCCCAUUACUCACGUUCGACCGGCCGGAAGUCCAAGUCAAGCCCCAAGAAAAAGUCGCGCCCGCCCGCCAAGAAGAGACGACGCGAUUCUGACGACGGUCUCACCUCUGAUGAGGAAGAGUUAUCCGAAGAUCUGUCUUUUGACGAGGCGGAAGAAGAUUCGAGCGAUCCUGAUGUCCCACGAAAUGCUAGAGGAACGCGUCGGCGAACCACUCAAAGCCACCGACCAACAUACGAGGAACCCGAUUCGGAGGAGGUACUCGAGGAUGACGCCGAGGAGGCUCAAGCUACGCCUCCACGCAAGAGCAAUGUCCUCAGGUUGAGAUUGCCGCGUGGUGCUUUGCAACAACCAGCGCAAUACCUGGAAUACAAAAAACGUGUAACCCGCGGCACGCGUGACGCCUCAGAAGACAUCUACGCCCUCACCAACUCUGGUCGUCACGUGGAAACCGUCCAGCGAGGUACAGUUAGCCCAGAAGCUGAUAUGCCAUUGCGCCGCGCUUCCCGGACUGGCCGUCUGGCUAAGCGUACAGUGAUCGACGAAGAAGAUGAAGAUGAAGAAGCCGAAGCCGAAGCCGAAGAGGUUAUCAACGAAACUACUUUGAAGGAUUCAAUGGAGGCCGUGGAUAGCGAUCUACUCCAUGGCGGCGAAGGCGAUACAUUGCAGAUAAACGAUGCUGAGCAUGACUUGGUGGACGAGGAAAUGGCUUACGAAGAAGUUGUCGUCCCCGAAUCGGAAAACGGCGAUGCAAGAAACAGCCAUACUGAACCAACCGAUGAAGCCCCAACUUCCCGGCUUCGAGGCAGAUCCCUCCAGGCGCAAUCUCACGAAGAAGUCACUGAAGACACAGAGGCAAAUGAAGAAGCUCAAUUACGUAGAUCUAGCCGAAAACAGCCAUCUCGGAGCUCUCAACGCAAAACCAAUAAUGAGGAAAGUGAUUUUGAACCGGAGGAAGAGGCAUCGAAUGAUGAAGAAGAGGACUCAGAUCCCGAACAACAUGAAUCUCCCCGCAAACAGAGCCGAAAUCGCGAAGAAGCCGAAGAUAGCUCUACCAGCCGCCGCCCUGGCCUGCGCAAAAGGAACUUCCAAUCCCGCGCCCCCUCCGAAGAAGCAGAUGAGAUCGCCGAAGAACUGGAAGACCUUCGCCCUGGUCGUCGUGCCCGUCGUCGUGCCAACCAACCGGUUGUGUACGAGAAGCCACGUCGCAACCGGAAAGAUGUUGAUUAUCGCAUUAUUCGACCCGAACUACAGCCUAACGAAGACUCUGACCACGAAGUGGUUGGCUCUCCAUCACGCCGAGGUCGCGGAGGUGGAGGUUGGCAACGUACUUUAUUUUCAACCACUGGUCCAUUCGGUGGUGGUGGAAAUUCGGCAAUCCUCGGUGGUCCUGGUGGCCCCGCUGCAGCCGGAGGAGUGGACAGCGAUAGCAGUGAUGAUGAAGGCAUGCAACAACCAACCCGCACUGGUCUUGGUCCCAAUGGUGCAGUUGCUGCUACACACAACCAGUCGGCCGACACGGCUCAGGCCGCAUCUGGCACGCCUGCCAACCUAGGCAAGUUCAAUAACAAGCAGGCUUUGGCCGAUGCAGAUCCCCUGGGGGUGGACAUGAAUGUCAACUUUGACCAUGUCGGUGGUUUGCAAGGACACAUUGACCAAUUGAAAGAAAUGGUGUCAUUGCCUUUGCUAUACCCGGAGAUCUUCCAAAGAUUCAAGAUAACGCCUCCUCGCGGUGUCCUGUUCCACGGUCCCCCUGGUACUGGUAAGACCCUCAUGGCUCGCGCUUUGGCGAACAGCGUUAGUUCGGAAGGACGAAAGGUCACCUUCUACAUGAGAAAGGGCGCGGAUGCACUGAGCAAAUGGGUCGGUGAGGCCGAGCGACAACUUCGACUUCUUUUUGAAGAAGCCCGCAAGAACCAGCCUAGUAUCAUCUUCUUUGAUGAGAUUGAUGGACUGGCACCGGUAAGAUCCAGUAAACAGGAACAGAUCCAUGCCUCGAUCGUCUCAACCCUUCUUGCGUUGAUGGAUGGCAUGGAUGGCCGAGGUCAAGUUGUUGUGAUUGGUGCUACCAAUCGACCCGACUCUGUAGACCCUGCUCUUCGUCGCCCUGGCCGUUUCGACCGUGAAUUCUACUUCGCACUGCCCAACCUUGAGGCCCGACGGGCUAUUCUUGACAUCCACACUAAAGAAUGGGAUCCUCCGCUCCCAGGAACUAUCAAGGAUCAGCUCGCGGAUAUGACAAAGGGCUAUGGCGGUGCCGAUUUGCGAGCGCUUUGCACAGAAGCUGCAAUCAAUGCCGUGCAGCGAAGAUACCCUCAAAUCUACAAAUCCGACCAAAAACUCAUUAUUGACCCCAAGACAAUCGAUGUUGCCCCCAAAGACUUCAUGCUGGCAAUCAAAAAAAUGGUGCCUUCUUCAGAGCGGUCUACCUCAUCUGGUGCGACUGCGCUCCCUCCAAACAUCGAACCUCUCCUCCGCCAGCCAUUAUCUGAAAUCAAGUCUUUGCUAUCACAAAUUCUGCCCCAGCGAAAGAAGCUUACUGCUCUUGAGGAAGCUCAAUUUGAAGAGCCAAACGAUGGUGAAAGUUUCAGCCGAGAGCUCCUUUUGCAGGAGUUUGAUCGUUCACGUGUGUUCCGACCCCGGUUGUUGCUCCGCGGCUCUCACGGCAUGGGUCAACAAUAUCUCGCAGCCGCCUUGUUGCAUGUUUUUGAGGGUCUGCACGUGCAAGCAUUCGAUCUGCCCACCUUGUUGAGUGACUCCACUCGCUCACCCGAGGCCGCUGUCAUUCAGCUCUUCACAGAGGUCAAGAGACACAAGCCAAGCGUGAUUUACAUUCCAAACAUCCAUUUAUGGUCUCAAACAGUCGGACCUGCUGUGAUUUCUACCUUUAUGGGUCUUCUGCGGUCCGUGCCACCUUCUGACCCUGUUCUCUUGCUCGGAAUUCUUGAAUCGCAACAAGAGGAGGUUGACGAGGUUUUGUUGAAGAACAUGUUUGGAUUCUCCAAGAGGAACUUGUUUGAUCUACCUGCUCCGAGCCAUGAGGCACGACAUGAAUUCUUCGCAAAAAUCAUUGAAUUCGUCAAAACUCCCCCGAAAGGAUUCCCUAACCCAGACAACCGCAAACUUCGUCAAUUGGAAGAAUUGGAAGUUGCACCCCCGCCUCCCAAGCCUGAGGUUACACUCACCAAGGAGGAACUGAAGGCUCAGAAACGCAAGGAUUAUCACACCUUGAAUCUUCUGAAAAUCCGAAUUCAACCCAUUAUGGAUCAGGUCAAGAAGUACAAGCGGUUCAGGUCGGGUGUAAUUGACGAAGCUCAAAUUCGGUACUUGUGGGAAGAGGACAAUCCUGAUAUCAUAACCAGCGAUCUUCCCCCAGACCAACAAAACAUGUUCCGGCCUUAUGAGAAAGCGCUUGACAAACACGGUGUGCUGGGUCUUCGUGAAACCUCGACUGGAAAAUUCUUCUACAACCUGGAGAUUGUGACGAUUGAAAAACGUCUCUCAAAUGGGUAUUACAAACGUCCCAUCGACUUUGUGGCGGACAUCAAGCGCAUGGUCAAAGACAAUCGCCAAACCGGUGAUCAUGAACGCACCCUGCGGUCCAAUGAGCUUCUCUCUAAUGUGGAGGUUGACAUUGCCGGUAUUGUUGCAGCUGAUCCAGCUCUUAUGGCAGAAUGCGAACAGGUCUACUUGCGUGAGUUAGAACGCGAGAAAGAGGCAGCAGAGCGUGCUGCACGUGCCCAUGAAGAGCGCGUCCAAGAGGAGCGUGCUGAAGAGGAACGUGCCCAGGAAGGAGAUGGAGCUGUUUCUGUUCCCGUUCCUGGGUCUACGGAUGCACUGCAAAACAACACCGAACAGAAUCCAAGUGGCCCAGAUCAUGCUGUUGAUUUAUUCCCUGCCAAUGGUAAUGAGGUUGAUGAAAAGAAAUCCAUAUCUCGCCCUUCGACACCUACGAACCAAUCGAACUUGAGUUUCGUCAAUGGUGUUCAUAAAGCCGGUAGCUCAGAUACCAAACAGCCUGGUUCCCAUGCUGCCGGUGUGAGCAACGGAACAAAUGGUGAAGCAGGAGACGGAGACGCCGAUGGCGAUAUCUUCAUGUCCAAUUCUGAUGAUCACUCGGGUAGCAAGGACACACAGGGUAGCUCAUUCGGACCAUCCGCGCAACCAAAGCCUCCAUACUCUCACACUGCACCUUCGCAGCAGGUUCGCCGAGAAUCUGGGCUCUCUAGCUUCUCUCAGCGAGGCCCCAUGACUCCAAUGGCUCCUGGUUCCCAGCCUGCCGAUUACACCAACGAAGCAUCCACUACUCAGACGACUUCUGACAAAAAGUCCUCGGAGCAUCUGUCAAAUCAACAAUAUAACACCCAAAGUCCUCAUGUCGCAAGAAUUGAAUUCCCCGACCUCACCUUAUACCCAGACCGUGUGACCCAAGAAGACCACUUGCCUGAUACUCAACCAAGCCAGAAUUCUCCCCGACUCCGGGACAACGCAGACACUCAGGAGAACAGCCUCCUCAAUGGCAGCCAAUCGCAAGCAAAGCCGCAACCUCCGCUGUUCGAUGCGCCGAACUUGUCAGCGGGCAAUUCUAUCAAUCUGCAACCAAUCGUCCAAGAAGAACCCCAUGAGCCAUUCGUCCUUGAUCUCGAUGUUGUUGAGCGGCUACAUGAACAGCUCACCUUGUCGACCAGUGGUUUCUCCGUGGAGCAAUUGGAACAGGUCAACACCAAUCUAAUGGAUUACGUGUGGCACAUGCGUGGAGAAUGGAACCGAACGGUUGUUGCUGACGGUCUUGGAAAAACCUACAAUGAUGUCCUCGAAGAUAUGCAGGCGAUGCAGGAGAUCGGACCCAUCAGUCAAACAACCAAGGACAUACUAGCCAAUCUGAGCUUCUUCCCUUGA